AUGUCAACCGCACCAAGACCGCCGACCUUCCUAAUUAUCCAUGGGUCAUGGCAUUAUCCCGAGCUGUACGGUACCUUCUGCAAGGCCGUCGAAAAUCGCGGCACGGAAGUUGUAUGCCCCCGCUUACCGAGCUGUAGCGGAGAGCUCCUCCCGACAAAAACCAUCGAGGACGAUGUCGCCCUGGUCCGAGACAUAGCUCAGUCCCUGGUCCAGGAAGGAAAGGAGGUUUUCGCAGUGAUGCAUUCAUAUGGCGGAAUGGUCGGCACCGACGCUCUUGCAGGGCUGGGGAUUCAGCGUUUGAUAUACCUGGCAGCGUUUGUACCGUUCUCUGGGAACAGUCUUGUUGAUAUGUUUGGUGGUUCUUUGGCCCCAUUCAUAGUCUGUGAUGAACAAGGAAUGUUGCGGGUUCCCGAUGCUGCCUCGGUCUUCUACCAGGAUCUUCCGGACGACGAAGCCACGUUCUGGGCGGAACGACUUGUCCCACAGCCAAAAUCUGCACAGGUCAAUCCAAUCACCCAUGAAGCGUAUCGUAACAUUCCCGCCACCUAUAUUGUGUGUGAGGACGACCAGGCCAUUCCUGUGAGCAUACAAGAGAAGAUGAUUUUAGAUGUGCAGAAUGCGGGCGUGAGCUUGGACGUUAUAAGGAUACCCGCGAGCCAUAGUCCCUUCUUGAGUACGCCUGAUUCAACUGCCGAAAUUGUGGUCAAUUUGGCUGCAAAGUAG